GGCGUCUUCACUGUCACCUCCAGUUGGGACAUAUAUCAGUUAAGACAAGACUCCCGGGAGCGUCCGCCGGCACCGCUGGCUGGGUUUGCUGCUGCCCUUGGUCGUGGGGUCGUCAUUGGCUCCGAGGCUGCAGCAUUCGUGUUGAGUUCACUUCAGGCUGUGCGUGACCACUGGGUACAUAUACUUGUCCCUGUGGGGUUUGUCUUUGGAUGGUAUCUAGACAAAAAGAAUGAUGUAAAACUAAUUGCCUUCCAGAACAAGAGUCUCUUAUUUAAAAGGGAAUUGAGGCCCAAUGAAGAAGUCACCUGGAAGUAAAGGCUGUGGCUGAAUUACAGAAUGUUCACAUUUUUUAAAUUAUGGGAGAAAUGAAAACACAUUCAUUAUUUAAUUUGGAAAAAAAAAAAAAAGACAAGAGUCUCUGGGAUCUAACUUUUCUAAAUUUUAGUUUCCAAAUUUGUAAGUAAGAAUAACAAUAGUACCUACCCCACAGGUAGUGAUAAUUCAGGUAAAUAAAAAUUCAUGGCACACAGUAAAUGGUCAAUAAAAGGUGGUGAUUGUAUUGAUAACAAUUAAGCUCCUAGUGGGCUGACAUUGUGUCCUACCUGUAUGGUCUGAACACUCACUAUUGUAUCAUCUGCUAAUGCGACACGGUGGGUACUCAUUAAAUAUUUGUUGAAGUAACAGCUAUGACUAUAAUCACUAGCUUCACAAAGGUUAUCUCGUUUAAUCUUUGUUGGAAAGAUUGUAUUAUCUACCCUUUAUAGGUGAGAAGUAAAAACUCAGAAGGAUCUUUCCCAAGAUCGUAAAAUGGGAAAUAGCAAAGCUGGAUUUCAGUUGUAGGUCUUAUCUUUCCACAAAGCAGUAUUUCAGCAAACCAGUGUUGUACUGAUCAUAUACUACGUGUCAGUCACUGUUCUUGAUGUUUUAUGUUAUCUUUUAAUAUGUAAUCCUUAUAGCAGGCCUGAGAGAUAGGUAUUUAUUUUUGGAGUGGGUGUGGGGGGUUCAAGUAUCCAAAAUUUGUAACUGUUCUAUGUGUCUGUGUGCAGAAACUGUUUUGUUUACAAACAUGGGUUUCCAUAAUCCAGAUGCUAUUUACAUAUUUUUAAAAACCAUAAAACAGCAACCUUAGGUAAAUUUUCCAGUGCCUUUCAACUAGCCCUGGUUACCCUGCCUUUUCUUUGACCCUUCUACUAUGUUUUCAUAGUAUAUGUGAAAGUUUUUAAAAGAAAACUUUUUAACACAUCAAGAGACUUUAUUAUAAAAUAUGAAACAAAAAUUGUGGGAAAUUAUUCUAAGCCGUAUAUUUUAUUUAUGAGAAUACAGUAUGACUAGAGAGUAUUUUUUAAAAUAUCUUAUGUUAAAAAUAACAGAAUGAUCAUUUUUAUAAAACAUUUUGGU